AUGUCAUCACUUGUGCAAUAUUAUAAUAUUAACGAGGAGCCGAUUGAGAUUCACUUGCCUCAAUCUUACCAUCAUCAAAAGGAAAUUGACAUUGCUUCCGAUAUUUUGAAUAAUAAUCGACUCACUUUCACCGAAUUUCUCACUGACAACAGUGAACAAUAUAUUCAGGAAGCUUACGAAUAUAAUUAUCAACAACAACAACAAAAUCAUUCACCUCAACUUCACCAUAUGCCCACAUCCACGACAACUUGCUCAUCACCAGCCAGCGAUUAUAGUCAUUAUAACAACAACAACUUUGACGCCAAACUAAUAAAAAUCGAAUAUCAAGAGUCGAUCGAUUCAAUAUACCCAAGAAGUUUAUCGGUAGAUAGCAAUUGUUGUCCGGAAUUCGAAUUUUAUAGUCAAACAAAUUUGCCAACUGGCGUUCUUACGCCCAUCGCAUCCCCAAUCGAUCAAUCUCCAAUUAUCCCAUCUUGUGGAUUACCUCAAACACCACCACAAGAUUAUCAUCAAAUUCACACGUUUUCGCAUCAUUUUCAUCCGAUCCUUUGUAAUGAAGAACAACAAUCCUCAUCACAGCAACAACCACCAGCUGAAUUCACAACAGAAUCAAACACUAUCACGAAUGUUAAUGUGAUCCAACAUAAUCAUCAUGAACACUUGAUUCAAGAACAAGAUUAUCAACGAAUAGUCUCAUCUUUACCAUCACCACCAACCUCUAUCGCUAAACCACCAACUAAGUCACGUGGACGAAGGAUGUCAAAUAAACCAACGAAACCCGGAACAAAAUGUUUCGAAUGUACUUAUACUGGGUGUGGUCGUGUAUUUAAGAGAUCUGAACAUCUUAAAAGACACGUUCGCUCGAUACAUACUCUCGAACGACGUAAGUGUGUUAAAUUUGUUUAUACGUGA